AAAAAAAAAACCCAAAACAUUCUCGUCCCAUUUUCUUUUUUUAAUGAAGGAUGGGCUGCGCAAUAUCAGGUCUGGCAGAGAAAGCGGAGUUUGGAGAAGGGAAUACAGGGGACACCGCUCCUGCGCAUCCCAGCGAGGAUCAGAUUCAGAUGAUCAAGGAGUCAUGGAAAGUUAUCCGGGACGACAUAGCCAAAGUUGGGAUUAUUAUGUUCGUCAGGUUGUUCGAGACCCAUCCCGAGUGCAAGGAUGUCUUCUUCCUGUUCCGAGACGUGGAGGACCUGGAGAGGUUGCGGACCAGCCGCGAACUCAGGGCACACGGCUUACGGGUGAUGUCUUUCAUCGAGAAAAGUGUGGCUAGACUGGAGCAGCUGGACAGACUGGAGGCCCUGGCUCGGGAGCUGGGGAAAAGCCAUUAUCAUUACAACGCCCCGCCGAAGUACUUCAGUUAUGUCGGAGCAGAAUUCAUCUGCGCCGUGCAGCCCAUCCUGAAGGAGCGGUGGACAGCCGAGCUGGAGGAGGCGUGGAAGACCAUGUUCCAGUACGUGACCGGCCUAAUGAAGCAGGGGUACCAGGAGGAGCGCACCCAACAGCGCCACCUCACGCUCUCCCCGAAGGACAGACCAGAAAAGAGGAACACAGCGCUAUGAGACGCUUCUUCCCUAAACCACAACUCAGACUGUUUCUACCAGUACAGCACAGAAAUGUGUCUAUGUAUAUAGUGUAUUUACUGUCUCGUUUUCUACAUCGCUCCCGUUUACCACAGUCAAUCUUUGCAAUUUUAUCAAAAGUGGACCCAAAAAAAAAAAAAA